GUUUUCGGCCACGGGGCCCGUUCGAACCGUGAGCCACCCUCCCCCAUCGUCUCAAACGGCCAUGCCCCAUUUUGCCCAGUUUCCUCCACAACAACCAUAAUGCAACGUACCUUCCAUCGGCCAUGACCAAAAAGCCACAGCAGACAAAAGAUGAACGUCGUGCGGAACAUAAUGCUAUUGAAAGAGCGCGUCGUGAGAGUUUAAACACCAAAUUUCAGCAACUGGCUCACCUCUUGCCCAAUCUUCAAAAUGAUACCCGGCCUUCAAAAAGUACCAUCAUUGAACGUACACUAGAAUUUGUCAAGCAAGCUUUGCAAAAAGAGGAACGGUACCGUCAUGAACUUCGGGAUCUUCGUCACACCAAUCGACAAUUGUUGAACCGAUUAUCAGACCCUGCGCCGUCGUCCAACGUUCCAUCAGUGUCUUCGGAACCGAUGCAUUACCCAUCCGCAUCCCCAUCACCCUUCAUGUUGUCUUUAACCCCGACUCCCACUAUGCCCGCGGCUUCUCUCCCGACCUCGUCCAUGUCCACCAUGUCAAGCAUGUCCAGUUCCUGUGUCGCCCUCGAUCCCUCCUACUGUGAUCCUUCCACACAGCACCAUCCAACGGCGUGUGAUCCUAUCCUAUUUGGUCAACUUCCUCUUCAGGCCAUGGUCGGUUCUCCAUGUGAAAGCGAAGAAGAACUGAACGAGCUUGAUCUGCAACACCACCAUAACUCUAUGAUGAACUAUGCCCACCACCUGCAAAUGUAUUCCCAAGACCACAAUGCCAAAGCCACCUCGGUACCUUUUGCCUCUCCUUCCAUAUCCAUGCCUCUCUUUCAAUAAGUUACACUCCUCGUUCCCACCUCAUCCUCAUUAAUUUAAUCCAUACCGCGAUUCUAUGCUUCAUUAUGUAUAUUCCUAUGCUAUUGUGACUUGACAUCUUGCAUCAUUUUCUCUUUCCUCGCAUCCUCUUUCUUUUUUCUUUUCAUCAUCUCAUUUUGAUUGCUUGAUGUUUGUGCAUAACAAUUUCUUUUUCUCUUUAAAAAAAACCAACAUUAAUGCUCUGUUUAUAUU